AUGCACGGCACUGUGGGAGUUUAUGACAAGCUCACCCGAGCGUGGCGCGUGAAGUCAAAGCAUCGCGUGAACUGCAUCGACUGCUUCGACUUGGACAACGACGGGGUUCCCGAGCUCAUCGCCGGAUGGGAGAAUGGAAAGGUCGAAGUGAGGAAUGAGAAGACUGGCGAGGUGAUGUGCAAGGAUUACUUUCAGACACCCGUCGCUGCCCUAGUCCAUGCAGACUACCGUCUGGACGGCCGGGAGACGCUCAUGUGCCUGACUUCGGAAGGCGAAGUGAGAGGCUGGCUACCGUCGAGCUCCGGCGCGGAGCACACGGGCCUCGCCUCUGGCCCAGCGGCCACCGAAGCCAAGGAGAACGAGAUGUGGCGGGAGCUUACUGCUCAGAAGACCAAGUUGACCCAGGAGCUGGCCAGCUACCAGGAGCAGCUGAAGCAGUACAAGUCCUCUGGCAAGGAGACUGGCCAGGGGAUCAUCCCAACCGACACGAAGCUCAAUGCGUCGCUGAAGUCCAACCGAGCGCAGGGCACCGUUGAACUGCACCUCAUGACUUCCAACUACUCGGUGAUCCGCGCCGUGGUGAUCUUCGCGGAGCACCUCUUUGAUGGCGAGGCCUGCAUGCUGCACCCGCUGCCGCCGUCCAAUAACAUCAUCGUGCAGAUUUCCCCUGCGAAGGAUGUACAGACCACCAUGAACAUCAAGGCGAUGACCGGCAUGACAGUGAGUAGUGUUCAGUACCACGUCUUCGAGCUCGACUACAUCAUGCCGAAGUUCGCCAUGUAUCACUUGGUGGAGGAGGUGGGCCAAUGGCCGACAGGGGCCGUGACCUUCGUCGUGCAGGAGCGGCCCACUCGCAUCUGGUCCUGGCUACAGAGGUCCUUCAUUUCCAUUCCGGACCAGAUGCCGACAGCCCCCCAGACAGCGACCAACCUCCUGGAUGUCAACUUCAUCUCACUGCGAACAGGGGAGCCGCUUUGCAUCACCAUGAGCAGCCAGCAGACUGGAUUGAUCACGAUCCGCACGGACGACAUGGAGACUGCCGGAGAGAUGGUCCAGGACCUCUGUAGCUUCCUCCAAGUGACGGAGCUCGAGUCCUCUGCCAACUUCCCGUCAGAGAUGGAGAGGUUCCAACAAGUGCUUACGCGCGUCGAUGAGUACAACUCCGUGCGCAUGAUGCUUGGACUGGUGAAUAUGGGGAAGUGCAUAGGUAAGGGCUUCUAG